UGAAGGAGCGUCGCCAUCUUUACGGCAGAUCCACCGGUGGGUCUCUUCAGUUCAGGAGCUGCUGAACCGCCUCCAGUGUCUCUCUUUCUGCCCAGAAUAACCCUUUCCUGCAGGACUUCCCCCCGUCCCCCAGCACCACCAUGGCGGACAGAGAGAACCAUGUGUACCAGGCGAAACUGGCCGAGCAAGCGGAGAGAUAUGACGAAAUGGUGGAGUCGAUGAAGAACGUGGCCAGCAUGGACGUGGAGCUGACGGUGGAGGAGAGGAAUCUGCUUUCGGUCGCCUAUAAGAACGUGAUCGGAGCCAGAAGAGCUUCAUGGAGGAUAAUCAGCAGCCUGGAGCAGAAGGAGGAGAACAAAGGAGGAGAGGACAAACUAAAGAUGAUCAAGGAAUACAGGAAAACGGUGGAGAAGGAGCUGAAGUCAAUCUGCAACGACAUCCUGGACGUACUGGACAAACAUCUCAUCCAAGCCGCAGUUUCGGGAGAAUCUAAGGUUUUCUACUACAAAAUGAAGGGAGAUUACCACAGGUACCUGGCAGAGUUUGCCACCGGUAACGACAGGAAGGAGGCAGCAGAGAACAGUUUGGUUGCGUAUAAAGCUGCGAGCGACAUCGCGAUGAUCGAGCUCCCUCCAACGCACCCCAUCCGCCUCGGACUGGCCCUCAACUUCUCAGUUUUCUAUUACGAAAUCCUCAACUCGCCGGACCGCGCCUGCAAGUUGGCGAAGGAAGCGUUCGACAAUGCGAUCGCAGAGCUGGACACGCUGAACGAGGACAGCUACAAGGACUCAACACUUAUCAUGCAGUUGCUACGUGACAACUUAACACUAUGGACCUCAGACGUGCAGGGAGAUGGUGAAGAACCGAGCACAGAAGCAACGCAAAACCCCGAGGAAGAGACUCAGUGAGACGGGACAACAAGAAACACGCCGCCUCCUCCUCUCCCUCCAUCUUUCUCACCCUUUCUCCCCAUAUGCAUGUCAUGUCUGAACCCCCCCCCUCUUGAGUUUUACCUUUUUUUGACGACUCAUAUUUGCAAGCCUGUACCCUUUAAGUCCUCUUUUACUGUUUUUCUUUCUUUCUUUGCCGUUAUCAUCUGUUGCCAAGUGCGCUCGCCUGUAUCCGUAACACACGAGAGUUAUUUAAAGACUUUGCGGUUAAGCUUGUUUUGUUUUUUUGUGUGUGUGUUUAUGAACAAUAUACUGUCCAAUUUCAGUUUGGAAAUAAAGCAUCGGUGGUGGUGGGAAAACAUUUAAAGGGAUGUGUUAAAGCUUUGAGUGCCCUCUUUACGUACCUGCUCCUUCAACACAUCAAUACUUCUUAUUUUUUUAAUAACAAACGACAUGUCCCUUUUUCCGGUUAAACAGCAUCUUCUGACCUCUGUUCUCAUCCAAGUGUUCUGCUGCCAAGCUUUUGCUAAUAUCAGAUAGUUAGGUAAUGGCUUUUUAGCAGGAACAUGCGUGUGUGUGUGGGAGGGGAAUGCUCAACACUCUUGAUUGUAAUGUAAAUGCAGUUUUGCAUUAACCACCUAUUGUUUAAAAAACAAACAAAAAAAAGUUUGGGAAAUAAGAGGCCUGCUGUACUCCCCCCCCCCCUGACUCUUCGUCCAUCCUCUUCCUCCUCCUCAUCUCUUCCUUCUGUUCGGUAUGUGUAACGUGAAUCUGAUUUGUACUACUGGAUAUUCUCACCGGAGCCACAAGUACCAUCUGUAUUCUUACUGAAACACAGCAUGGAAAUAACAUUAAACUUCAAAAUGUAAAAUGUUA